GGGGAAGUGCGCAUUUUGACUUCUCUUGAAAUUUUCUGAAGAUGAGCAAAGUAUGGGUGGUAUUAUUUAUAUAGUAAUUGAAUUCUUCUGUAUUUAAUUAUUAUAUUUAGUUAAGUGUUUAUUGAUUUAAGUAUAGUAAAGUUAUUACUUCAGUUACCUAAUUAGGUUAUCUCAUUCUUUUCUUUUGUUAGUUUUAUCCAUAAGUUAAUAUUUUCAACAAUACAUUAUGGAUUCAUCUACUACUACGUCAUCGAUUCCAUCAAAACCAGCUGGUAGAACUAUAUUAGCUUCAACAAUUGCUAAACCAUAUAUAGAAGAAAUUAAUGCUGGAUUAUCUAAAUUAGAUUUUAAACCUAAAUUGGUAGGAUUUUUAGCCAAUGAUGAUCCUGCUGCUGAGAUGUAUGCUAAUUGGACAUCAAAAACGUGUGAUUCAUUAGGUUUCACUUAUGAAUUAAUUAAAGUUAAUAAGAAUGAUUUAGAAAGUCAAUUAAUGAAAGCAAAUGAAAAUGAUGAUGUUAAUGGUAUAAUGGUAUAUUUCCCAGUAUUUGGUGAUAAUCAAGAUCAAUAUUUACAACAAUUAAUUUCUCCUGAAAAGGAUGUAGAAGGAUUAAAUUUCUUAUAUUAUCAAAAUUUAUAUCAUAAUGUUAGAUUCUUAGAUCCACCAAGAAAUGAACAAAAAUCUAUUUUACCAUGUACUCCAUUAGCAAUGGUUAAAAUAUUGGAAUAUUUAGGAGUUUACAAUAAAAUUUUACAUUAUGGAAAUAGAUUAUAUGGUAAGAAAAUAUUAGUGGUUAAUAGAUCUGAAAUUGUUGGUAGACCAUUAGCCGCAUUACUUGCAAAUGAUGGUGCAACAGUAUAUUCAUUAGAUAUUAAUAAUAUUCAACAAUUUACAAGAGGUGAUGAUUUAUCAUCUCAUAGACAUAAAGUAGUUGAUCUUGAUAAAAAUGAAUAUACUUUAGAAAAAAUAGCACCUUUAUGUGAUGUUAUAAUAACUGGAGUUCCAUCAGAUCAAUAUAAAUUCCCAAUUCAAUAUAUUACAAAUGGUGCAGUAGUUAUAAAUUUUGCUAGUCAUAAAAACUUUGAUGAAGGGGUCAAAUCAAAAGCAGGUUUAUAUGUACCAUCUAUUGGUAAAGUUACUAUCUCAAUGUUAUUAAGAAAUUUAUUAAGAUUAAUAGAUAAUAAAACCAUUAGAUUGAAUAGAGAAGCUCAAAACCACACUCAAUAAAUAAUUAUGAGUUACUAUCUUAGGUUACAUUAUCCCCAUAUUAAAAUAUUCUCACUACCCCCAAAUCUUCUUUUUUUUCUGGUACCCGCGAUUGCAUGCAGGAAGCCGAAGAGUCAAAUUUUUUUAGUACCCUCUGCACAAACAGGAACCAAACAGGAUAUGGGUUGAAAUGACUCUUUUUGAUGAUGGUUGGAUGUGAAUUACCUCAGCAGCACACAAUCAAAUUUAGCAACCAAAUAUCAUCAUUAAUAUUAUUAUAUUAUUAUAAUUAUAUGGCCAUAAAAUAAAAGCCGCA